GUCCGGCUCUGGGGGGCUGGACGGUCUGCGAGGACACCCCGUCCCCGGGGCCUCCCCAACUCCCCUCCCCCCGCACCCCGCGCCUUCGCCGCCCCCUCUCCCCGGGGCUGGGGCUCGAGCCCGCGACCUGUGCUGACGCCCCUCCCUCAGGAUCUAAAAUGUCCACGGAGGCACAAAGAGUUGAUGACAGUCCAAGCACUAGUGGAGGUAGUUCUGAUGGAGACCAGCGUGAAAGUGUUCAGCAAGAACCAGAAAGAGAGCAAGUUCAGCCCAAGAAAAAAGAGGGAAAAAUAUCCAGCAAAACAGCUGCUAAAUUGUCAACUAGUGCUAAAAGAAUUCAGAAGGAACUUGCAGAGAUUACAUUGGACCCUCCUCCCAACUGUAGUGCUGGACCCAAAGGAGACAACAUUUAUGAGUGGAGGUCAACUAUAUUGGGACCCCCAGGAUCUGUCUAUGAAGGAGGGGUGUUCUUCCUUGACAUUACCUUUUCACCAGACUAUCCAUUUAAACCCCCUAAGGUUACCUUCCGAACAAGAAUCUAUCACUGUAAUAUUAACAGCCAGGGUGUUAUUUGUCUGGACAUCCUAAAGGACAACUGGAGUCCAGCCCUAACCAUUUCUAAAGUUCUUCUCUCCAUCUGCUCACUUCUUACAGAUUGCAACCCUGCUGACCCUCUGGUGGGCAGCAUCGCCACACAGUACAUGACCAACAGAGCGGAGCACGACCGGAUGGCCAGACAGUGGACCAAGCGGUAUGCCACAUAGGGCCCCGCCUGCCCCCGCCGGACCUGUGCAAGCACAUUCACCAAGUGCAUCAAUAGCCCUACCCACCCCUCCGACCUCGGUUCUUAUUUUCUUAUUUUUAUUAAAUUUGAACCGUUCUGUGAUGGUAUGUCAUCUGUCCCUCUCCUGCCUCCCCUGUUUCCUUCUCUUCCCCCUUCCCUCCCACCUCUUGUUUUAUUCCUUUUUUUUGAUUUCUUUUAACUUGAAAGAAUUGGGUUUUUUUCCCCCCCACCUCAAUUUGGAUGGAAAUCUUUUUUGUUUUUUUCAGAACAAAAAAUGUCAGUCUGUAAUAAGAGCUUUCUUACAAAGCCUUGUAUUACUGUGUGGUUUUGUUUUUUAUUAUUUGUUUUAUUUUAAUUUUUUUCCUUUUAUGUGAUCUUUGGGAAAAUACGAAUUCAGAAUUAUAUCUUGUUUCUACCUAAAUGUAGUGCUUAGGGUUAAUUUUUUGUACUGAAGUCUUUAUUGGUGGGUGCAUGCUACUGGGAACAAGUUUUUGUACAAAAGCUUCAAUCAGAAUCACUGUGCAUUACAGAGACUCUGUUUAUCACUAGCCUUCUGUCCCUCACGCAGAAGACAGUUGGAUUGAACAAAAUAAUAUGUAUUUUGAUUUACUUAAAGUGCUUGUAAAUUUCUUAGGGACCUGCCACUUUUGACUGUGGAUCAGUUGAUGUACACUUGCAUUAUUAAAGCACUCAAUAAAUCACUGUGGCUGAUAAAUGC